UUAAUAAAGCCAAACCUAUACACUCUCGCACCAACACCAUUGCAAUUCUCACACAAAGACUUAUUAUUCCUAAACCAAAUGACUCAUUCACUUUUUCUCAAUAUUCUUUUUUUUCCACUUAUUAUUAUUAUCAUAACCACCGUCACUCUUCCAUCUCCGGCUGAAUCCGGCAGUGGACAAUGGCAACUCUUACAAAAAAACAUCGGCAUUGUAGGCAUGCACAUGCAGUUACUCCACAACGAUCGUGUUGUCAUUUUCGACCGUACAGAUUUUGGCUUAUCAAACUUAUCUUUACCUAAUGGUAGAUGUCGCAUUAAUCCACAAGAACAAGUCGUUAAAACUGAUUGCACUGCUCAUUCUCUUGAAUACGACGUCGUUUCCAACUCAUUCCGACCACUCUUCGUUCAAACCAACGUUUGGUGUUCUUCAGGUUCCGUUUCCCCUGACGGUAAAUUAAUCCAAACCGGUGGUUUCAACGACGGUGAUCGUACCGUUAGAAUCUUCAAUCCAUGUUCUUCAUGUGAUUGGCAAGAAUUCAAUGCUUCACUUGCAGCUAGAAGAUGGUAUUCUACUAAUCAUAAUCUUCCAGAUGGAAGACAAAUUAUUAUCGGUGGAAGAAGACAAUUCAACUAUGAAUUUUAUCCAAAAAAAGAAUCAACAGCGAAAAACACUUACAGUUUACCUUUUCUCGUUCAAACAAACGACGCUGGUGCUGAGAACAAUCUUUACCCUUUUGUUUUUCUCAAUGUUGAUGGAAACCUCUUCAUCUUCGCAAAUAACCGUGCUAUUUUGUUUGAUUAUAACAGCAACAAUGUUGUUAAAACAUAUCCGGUAAUACCAGGUGGAGAUCCUCGUAGUUAUCCUAGUACUGGUUCCGCCGUUUUGCUUCCUUUGAGUAAUUUACAAAAGUAUCCUUCAGUUGAAGCUGAGGUUAUGAUUUGCGGUGGAGCUCCCAGAGGUUCUUUUCAGAAAACUUUAAAUGGUACUUUUAUCGGAGCUUUGAAUACAUGUGCUCGGAUUAAAAUAACCGACCCGAAUCCGAAUUGGGUAAUUGAAACUAUGCCGGGAGGAAGAGUUAUGAGUGAUAUGCUAUUACUCCCUAACGGCAACGUUUUGUUAAUUAACGGAGCGGCAAUGGGAUCAGCUGGUUGGGAAUCGGGUCGAAACCCGGUUUUGAAUCCAUUUCUUUAUAAACCGAAUGAACGGGUCGGGUCAAGAUUUCAGUUACAAAAACCAUCGGGUAUUCCACGAAUGUAUCAUUCCACUGCCGUUUUGGUUCGUGACGGUAGAGUACUUGUUGGUGGGAGUAAUCCUCACAUUGAUUACAAAUUUAACAAUAAUGUGUUGUUUCCAACGGAAUUAAGAUUAGAAGCAUUUUCACCAUCGUAUUUAGAGGCAGGAUUGGAUGAUGUGCGUCCAAAGAUGGUGUUUCCUGCACCCCAAUCACAAACUAAAUUGAAAUACGGUCAGAAAUUGAAGGUUCGGUUUCAAGUGAAGGCAACAUUGGUGAGAAAUUCGGUUUCUGUUACAAUGAUUGCACCGCCUUUUAACACACACUCAUUCUCCAUGAAUCAGAGACUGUUGGUGCUUGAAAUGAAAUUGCAAAACAAUACUGUUGGAGAAUCAACGUAUGAAAUUGAGGUAACAACACCAGGUUCAGCUAUUCUUGCACCACCUGCUUAUUAUUUACUAUUUGUGGUCCACCAAGAAGUUCCAAGCCAGGGUGUUUGGGUCCAAUUAGUGUGAAAUUUUCUUUCUUUUCUAAAUUAUUAAAUUGGUGUUUUGAAUGUCAGUGAACAUAUAUAGAUAUAUUUGUAGAAGAGCAUUAAAUUAAGUUGGAAAAAUAAAAAUCAAAUAAACUACAGUAUGUUGUAAUUUGAGAAGAGGGAAAGAAGUUGGUCAAUAUUGAUGAAUGAAAUUAAAUGCUAUAGCAGAUAGCAGUGGUAGUACUUUCAUUUUUAACAAUUCGUAUGUUAUAGGAGUACUCCGGUGUGUAUGUUUGUUUGUUU